GUUUUUCUGACUCGCUGUAGUAAUUCCAGCGAGAGGAAGAGGGAGCGAGCGGGCGGGUGGCGAAGCGGAGUGUGCGGAGCCGCGCUCCGGGCGUCCUGGGAAGGCAGCUCCGCAGUACCAGGGGCUUCGCCGGCUGGCCGCAGCCCCCACCCAGCCCUACCGCUGACCCCCGCCGGCCAUCGCCGCCCUCGCCGCAGCCCAGAAACUUUACCCAUUGCAGCGGGCGGACACUUUUGCACUGGAACUUACAAUCUGCGAGCGAGGACUCGACUCCCCAGGCGCGGGGAGGGAAUUUUUGUCUAUUUGGGGGGCAGUCUUCGCUUCUGCCCAGGACCUGCACCCUUGAAAGGCGCUUCUCGCGCGCUUUGAAAGCUGGAUUUCCUUUGGCCGGUGGAAAACCCGCAGACAGCCGCGACCAUGCCCCUCAACGUGAGCUUCGCCAACAGGAAUUAUGACCUGGACUACGACUCUGUGCAGCCGUAUUUCAUCUGCGACGAGGAGGAAAACUUCUACCACCAGCAGCAGCAGAGCGAGCUGCAGCCGCCCGCGCCCAGCGAGGAUAUCUGGAAGAAAUUCGAGCUGCUGCCCACCCCGCCCCUGUCCCCGAGCCGCCGCUCCGGGCUCUGUUCUCCUUCCUAUGUGGCUGUCGCCGCGUCCUUCUCCCCGAGGGGGGACGACGACGGUGGCGGCGGCAACUUCUCCACUGCUGACCAGCUGGAGAUGGUGACAGAACUGCUUGGAGGAGACAUGGUGAACCAGAGCUUUAUCUGCGACCCGGAUGACGAGACCUUCAUCAAGAACAUCAUUAUCCAAGACUGUAUGUGGAGCGGCUUCUCGGCCGCCGCCAAGCUGGUCUCAGAGAAGCUGGCCUCCUACCAGGCUGCGCGCAAAGACAGCGCCAGCCCGAGCCCCGCCCGCGGGCACAGCGGCUGCUCCACCUCCAGCCUGUACCUGCAGGACCUGAGCGCCGCGGCGUCCGAGUGCAUCGACCCCUCGGUGGUCUUCCCCUACCCGCUGAACGACAGCAGCUCGCCCAAGUCCUGCGCCUCGCCCGACUCCACAGCCUUCUCCUCGUCCUCUGACUCUCUGCUCUCCUCCGAGUCCUCCCCACGGGCCAGCCCCGAGCCCCUUGUGCUCCACGAAGAGACACCGCCCACCACCAGCAGCGACUCUGAGGAAGAACAAGAAGAUGAGGAAGAAAUCGAUGUUGUGUCUGUGGAAAAGAGGCAGCCCCCGGCCAAAAGGUCCGAGUCGGGGUCAUCUACAGGAGGCCACAACAAAGCCCCACAUAGCCCACUGGUCCUCAAGAGGUGCCAUGUCUCCACUCAUCAGCACAAUUAUGCAGCACCUCCCUCCACGAGGAAGGACUAUCCAGCAGCCAAGAGGGCUAAGUUGGACAGUGGCAGGGUUCUGAAACAGAUUAGCAACAACCGCAAAUGUGCCAGCCCCAGGUCCUCAGACACAGAGGAGAACGACAAGAGGCGGACACACAACGUCUUGGAACGUCAGAGGAGAAAUGAGCUGAAACGGAGCUUUUUUGCCCUUCGUGACCAGAUCCCAGAGUUGGAAAACAAUGAGAAGGCCCCCAAGGUAGUCAUCCUCAAAAAAGCCACAGCCUAUAUCCUGUCUAUCCAGGCAGAGGAGCAUAAGCUCACUUCAGAGAAGGACUUGCUGAGGAAGCGGAGAGAACAGUUGAAACACAAACUCGAACAGCUUCGAAACUCUGGUGCGUAAGUUGACCUGUUUCGAGCAGGAACUGGAAUCCCUCAUGAAUUCUCACUCCUUACCCAGGGAAAGUAAGGAGCAAGGUUCCAACAGAACUCCUUACGAUGGACUGACUUCAAGUGCUCAAGGAGCAACCUCACAGCCUUGGCUGAGUCUUUGGGACUGUAAGCUUCAGCCACAAUGUUAACUGCCUCAAACUUUGGGCAUAAAAGAACUUUUUUUAUGCUUCCCAUCAUCUUUUUUUCUUUAACAGAUUUGUAUUUAAUUGUUUUUAAAAAAAAAAAAAUCUUAAAGUUUAUCCGCUUUUCCAAUGUAAAUAGGACCCUUAAAUGUAAAUAACUUUAAUAAAACGUUUAUAGCAGUUAUACAAGAUUUUAAGACAUGUAUUAUAAACCAUAAUUUUUUUUAUUUAAGUACAUUUUCCUUUUUAAAGUUGAUUUUUUUCUAUUGU